AAGUUUUAAGAAGAUAUGAUGAUGGAUACUACUGGAUAGAGAAAUGAAUUUUCGAUUGAAGUUCCAUUUCUUCUAGGGGCUAAAACCAAAGGAGGUUCAGAAGGUAUUUAAUCUUCUUUUUUUAUUUUCUUUUUUUUUUUGGGGCUAAGAUAACUUCAUGCUAAAUUAAACUGUGUAAAAGUAUUAAUUUGGUGGAGGAGCAUCAGCACAAAAAAAGUAAAUGGAGUUUCCCCUUUAGGUGGGGAGGUGCCUCAAGAUCCAAUCAAAAUCGAUUGCUGGUUGCUCUGACAAAUCAUUCAUUACCUAUUGUAGGAAUGUUGUCUCCCUAUCUCAUAUAGAUAACACAUUUUCAGCUGCCAUGCAAUAAUAUCUUCGUAAAUUAUUCAUUAAUUUAUUUGGGUGUGUAUUCUUUUUGAAUUUUGAUGGUGCUUUUUUAUAAAAAUGCAAGGAUGGUUUUGUCAUGUAGUACUAUGUUUUAUUAUCCUCCCCAAUUUGCAUUUCCUCUGCACAGCUCAUCAUCAUCAUCGCCCAAAACAGCUGAGGCUGCUGUAAGCAGUACAUCUUGGAAGAAGCCCUAAUCUUUUCUGGGUUCCAAUUUAACUGUUAUUCUUUUUUUGGAUUAGUUUGGUGAAUUUGGAUGGCAUGGAAGCCAACCCGUUGAGUAAAUUAGCUUUCUUGCUUGGGAAUUUGAGGGUUACUUGAAUUUCAGCUGACAAGGAGGGAAUGGUUUCAGUGCAGGGAUAGAGUUGGAAAAAAGCAUGCAGUUUAUUUGGCUUCUUCUGUGUUAUGGACAAGAGCAGAUGGAACCACGAUUCACUUAAUCUCGGCGAUCACAGCACUAGCGAUGUCAUUAUUUGCCUGAGGACUAAGGAAGACAGGCAAAAAUUAUUCUUACAUGUACACUCUUUUGUUUUAAGGGAGAAGAGCAAGUUUUUUGCAAAUAAGAUCUCUCAACCAGAUUUUUACAGUCAAAUAGAGAUUCAUUGCUCAGAGCUAGAUUUUAAUCAUCACGUUGAACUCGUGAAGCGUCUCUACUGUCCCCGAGACUUACUCCUGGACUCGUGGGGUUCCGUACAAUCUGCAAUCGGGGGUCUCCAAGUGGCUGCUGUACUGGGGUGCGAAGAGAUCAUAGAGAGUUGCAUCCAGUAUUUGGAGGCUGUUCCUUGGGAAGACAAGGAAGAGGAAGAAAUUAUAAAACUGGCAAAAAAGCUAGGCCCAGUGGCUAUGCCUAUACUGGCUAGGAUUAAACCAGUUGAUCUAGUCGCUACCAAGAAUGUAUUUAUCUCAGCAAUUCGCUUUGCCACUUCGAUUGGAGAUCCAUGUCCCCCGUUUGGAGACGAGCUCAAAACCUCAGCUCAAGAACAAAUUGAUUACAUGCUAGGGGAUGAUGAAGAUGUGCCUUUAAUAACGGCUGAUGAUGAUGUGAAAUUGGAAGCCAGAAGUGGUCUUUCUAAUCUCUGUUCUUGUUUUGGAAAUAAAUUGUCGAUGCUGCUGCUUUUGGAUUCAGAAAAAGUCGACCCAUGUGAUUACUCUUCAGCGGAAGACACAGCAUUGCGUAUCCUGUCUGAUCUGGAGUGGAUGUGCAAUAUCCUUCCCAAAAUGGACCUGAUGAAGGAUUUUGUAGCUAGUUGGGUAGAAAUGUCAAAUAAAAUUUUGGUGAUAAUCAGUGAUCAGAAACUUGAGGCCGUUUUUUGGGGUAUGAAAGUUAAAUUAAUAGAACUCACUGCAAAAGUAUUGGAAGCUGUUGGGUAUGGGAAUGUGAUUCUUCCAGCAGAGUGCCGAGUCCAUUUGCUAAAGAUGUGGCUUCCAUACAUAAGAAAAAUGAAGCCCCUUUUAGAUUCAAUGGGUCAGAAGGAGACCAAGUUUCCACACAAGAUGGAUGAAGAACUAUGCCAGAACAUCGAGGGAGCCAUUGUGUCAUUAAUAUUGGCAUUACCGUCUAACGAUCAAGCUGACAUCCUCGCCGACUGGAUGGUGAUAAACAACAGCGCCGAGCAAGUCACAUAUCCAGACCUAAGCGAGGCAUUUGAAGUCUGGUGCUAUAGAACCAAGUCCGCCAAGCGAAGACUGGUGGAAGGCGGCAGCUUAGACCAAGUUGGUAAUAACAACACUGUCAGUCUUUAAGCAUUAGUCGACUAUACCAUCUGUUGUUGAUGUAUGAUCAUUUUUUUUUGUUUUUUUGGUUUAUGUUAGAGGGAGACCAAGGUCUCCGAUUGAACUUGUGCUUUCACAAAUAGAUUUUUUUUGUACUGGGAACUUUUGUUUUGUUCCAGUUCCUGGUAACUUCCCUGGUUCCUUCCAUCCUGAUGCUCUUCUCAACAUGACAAAUAAAGUAUGGGGAGAUUAGCAAAACCUUUGUAAUAGGAAAAACAAUAUCCUCAGCUAAUAGAUUCUGUGUAACCAGAAGGGGAAUUUAGAAACCCUUUUAGCAGAGCACAUAGGUUUCCUGUUGUCUGCUAAAAAAGCAGCAGAAAUAUCACAUAUUGAUUCCACACUGGUUGUAAGUGCAAGCCUAAUCAGGGAUGUGGAUUUUGUUGCCAUUGUUUUCUGAGGCAAGACUAUUUAUUAUUAUGUGACUAAUGGUUUCAUUAGAAAAAUGGUCUACUUAAGCCAACCAACCAGCAGCAGCAGCAGCCAGGCUGUCCUCUUCCUUCACCCUCCCCACAAGAAAUUUCCUCCUGUAGAUUGGUGGCUAGAUGGAGCAGUAUUAGUUGAUGUUACAGCUGAGGUAGGCAGCUUUAAUUGAUUUUUAUUUUAAGCCUCAUGAUUUAUUUAUUAUUAUUAUGGAGAAGUAAUCGAAAUUACCUAUACUACUGUUUUGUGUUUGUAGGUUGGGAGACUGUAUAAAUGUUAAUGUUGUGCAGUUUAAACAAAAGGUUAACAGCUUUUUUUUAAAGGAUUUUAACUUCCUCAUGGUAUUUGUCAAAAAUUAAAUGUAAAAGCAAACAAAAAAAAAAAAAAAUUGUAUUGGUGUUGUAUUCUUGUUGAUACUGUGUAAUUUUUUAAUUAAAGUUUGUAUAUUAUCACGAAGUGUCAUUUCUUAUAACUUUUCG